AAACAUUGUUUUGAUUUUUCCUUUAUGAUCCUUCAUGGCAAUAUAGCCCGAGGGGUGACUAUGAUAAAAUAAUACUUCACCGCCAAGCAGCACAUCACUUUAAACUUAUUAAAUAGGGCAGUGCAUAAAAUAAAUUCAAAAUAUAAAACUUCAUGAAAAGCAGUUUUGUUGUUGUCUAUUCUUAAAUAACGAUCUCGUUAUGGCAGGGAAUUUAGGAAAAUUAUUCAGGUUCGGCGGUAAAAAACCUUCAAAAAAACCUGCUACUGAUUCUGCUAGUGGUAAUUUAUCAGAUGAAGAUGAUGGCUAUGUUGAUCCGACUGAAUCAUGUUCAACUCAACCUCCUGGUUUAACAGGAACUAGACAAAUGAUCCCAAAUUAUCCUCCCCCUCGUCCAGGUAGUUCAUCUUCACCGUUAACAGGGAAAAAAUUGCAGAUAAAAAAAGAUGAGUACCAGGAUCCUUGGGACAGUAAAGAGAUGAGCAACAAUGACAAAUCCUCGAAGUUGAAUGAUACAUAUGAAGAUCCUUUUGAUGCUAUGAAAAGCGAAAAUGAUCUUCAAACUUCUAAAACAUUAAAAACUUCAAAAAGUACUGAUAAUGAAAAUGAUUCUAAGACAUUACCAUCUGACACAUAUAUAGAUCCAUGGGACACUUUUUCUGGUAAAAAUAAGAAAGAUUUGGAAAAUAAACAAAACAGUGUUCCAACUAAAAAAAAAGAUGAUUAUAGUGACCCAUGGGAUUCAAAAAAAUGCACUUCAAAGAGUUAUGACGAGUUUGAUGAUACCUAUUCUGAGCCAUAUGAUAAAAAUAAACACACCGUUAUGGAUUCCACACCACAUGCUUCAGAAUCUGAUGUUGAAGAGCAUGCGGAAUUGUAUGAUAUGCCCUAUGAAGAGCGUGUAAUAUUAGGAGUGGAACCAAAAAUAAAUGGAAAUUUAAAAAACCCUGCUCCUCAUUUACAACCUGUUCCACCUCAACAUGCACCAUAUUCAUCAGCUAAACCCAAACCUAGUUCUUCUAUCUUGCCUACAGCUGGUGAAUAUGAUGCCCCUUGGGAAUGGAAAAUGAAAGAUGUGGAAGCUGAUUUUGAAAAACGGUUUUCAGUAGGAGUUGAAUCAGCCUCAUCGAUUAAACCACCAUUGAACUCCAGCCAUCCCAAUAAAAAGCCUGUUCCUGCUGUAAGAAAUCAAUCUAUUACUUCAAUAAAUACUGCAGUUGUUGCAAACCCUGUACAAAAGCCUGCUCGAUCAAAUAAAGAUGUUUCUGUAUCUAAAGCAGAGGAUCUUUCACGAAAAGAAUAUGAAGUUGAUCCAACAAUCCCACUUAAAAAUCAAGGUUGGUUUCAUGGAGCUAUUCGAAGAGAUUAUGCAGAAGAUCUUUUAAAAUCAAUGCCUGAUUGUAGCUAUUUGAUCAGAGACAGUGAAAGCUCAAAAUUAAACUACUCUUUAUCUCUUAAAAAUAAAGGUGAAACAAUGCAUCUAAAGAUUUCAUGUCAAAAUGGAAAAUACAUCUUGGGAAUGAACAGCAAGCCCUAUGAUACAAUCCCUGAGAUGAUUCAUUAUUAUUCCAUGAAUAAGUUAAACAUCCGCGGGGCUGAGCACGUGAAACUCAUUUAUCCUGUCUUGCAAGAAGCAGUGUAUUUUACAGUUGAGCCUGGAUCAUGAUUUCAUCAAAGAAUCUUAAAUACUUAUUUUUUUAAAUUUUUAUUUUUUAUUUUUUUUAUUUUCUUUAUUUAAUAGUCCAAAGCAGCUACAUAAUAAUGGAUACUUGGGAUUAGAAAGUCAGUGUUUUUGUGUAUUUUGUUAGAAAUUAUUUUUUUUAUGCUUAUUUUCUUAUAUUUAUACAAAUGAUAAGUUUCACAAAAAGUGUUUUUAAGUUCAACUCAGACAGUAUACUCUAGACUUUAUUACUCAGGCAUUAUACUAUAGACUAUUAC